AUGCAGCGGCGCCAUCAUCAGGGAGAACUUCAUUCUGACCAGCGGGUGGUGUGUGCACAGGGUCGCCCCCUCCGAGCUGAAGGUGCGGGUCGGCACCAGCUCCCGCAGCACUGGCGGAUCCCUGAUCGCCAUCUGCAAGGUUCACAUUCACCCGCACUCUUAUGGCGCUACGACAACGACCUGGCCCUGCUGCAGCUAACACUAUUCUGGGUGGAUUGGCUUACAGCCGGAUCGCAGCAGUUGCAGCAAGCCAACGUGAAUAUUAUCGACGGGCAGCAGUGUGCCGGGGAUCGAUCGAUCUUUGGCAAGUUCAGCCUCAUCCAAGGCAUCUCCGAGCGGACGCUCUGCACCUUGGGGUCUGGUCGCACUGGCGCCUGCUGCUUCGACGAGGGCGCUCCUCUGUUGGUAAAUGGCAGCCUGGUCGGCAUUCUUGGCAGGGUUGGCUGUGCCGGGAAGCCUGAUGUCUAUGCGAAUCUGGCGCGGCACAGGCGCAGGCUGAAGGAGAACACCAAAUAG